AAAAUUCUGCCCUUUAAAAUGUCUUACGUCGCAUCCCUCAAAAACCCUCUUGCCCUUCCGCUUAAAACCUCAUUUUUUCUGGUCGCCUCUUUCAUGGUCUCUAUCGGCACAGGUGAUUUGUGAAGUAAUCAUGGUGCAAGAAAGCGACCAGAAGAAUAAGAAGAAAAAUGAUAGAAACGAGCAGGCUCACAAGUCUCACAGGAUUCGAAAAUCCGGCGCUUCAGCCAAGAAAAAAUCCAAGUCGAACCCGAAUUUGGAUGAAGAUCUUUCGAAAGAACAGAAAAAGCUUCACAAUCCUAAGGCAUUUGCAUUCACUUCAUCUGUGAAAGCCAAGCGUCUGCAAGCGAUAGCUACAGAGAAGGAGCAGAAAAGGCUCCAUGUCCCCACUAUUGAUCGGACUACAGGAGAACCUGCUCCUUUUGUUGUUGUGGUCCAGGGACCUCCACAGGUUGGGAAGUCGUUGCUGAUUAAGUCUCUAGUAAAGCAUUACACGAAGCACAAUUUGCCUGAAGUUUGCGGGCCAAUUACUAUAGUAUCAGGUAAGCAGAGACGACUUCAAUUUGUGGAGUGCCCAAAUGAUAUUAAUGGGAUGAUAGAUUGUGCUAAAUUUGCUGAUCUAGCCCUUCUCCUCAUUGACGGAAGCUAUGGCUUUGAAAUGGAAACCUUCGAGUUCCUUAACAUAUUGCAAAAUCAUGGUUUCCCUAGAGUAAUGGGCGUCCUUACACAUUUGGACAAAUUCAAGGAUGCAAAGAAACUUAAGAAAACAAAACAGCGUCUCAAGCACCGUUUCUGGACUGAGAUCUAUGCCGGUGCAAAGUUAUUUUAUUUAUCUGGCCUUAUUCAUGGAAAGUAUACCAAACGUGAAGUACAUAACCUGGCAAGGUUUAUUUCUGUCAUGAGAUUCCCUCCUUUAUCUUGGAGACUUUCACAUCCUUACAUCUUAGUAGAUCGGUUUGAAGAUGUUACUCCCCCAGAGAAAGUUCAAACGAACAAUAAAUGUGAUAGAACUGCUAUCUUGUAUGGUUAUUUGCGUGGCUGUAAUAUGAAGAAGGGAACAAAGGCACAUAUUGCUGGAGUGGGUGAUUUUUCUUUGACUGGAAUUACAGCUCUGCCUGAUCCUUGCCCUCUACCGUCAGCUGCCAAAAAGAAGGGUCUGCGAGAUAAGGAAAAGCUGUUCUAUGCACCUAUGUCAGGGUUGGGGGAUCUCCUUUAUGAUAAGGAUGCUGUCUAUAUAAAUAUAAAUGACCAUUUUGUGCAGUUUUCUAAAGAUGGAGCCAAUACUGAUGGAACAUCCAAAGGACAACAGCGUGAUGUUGGUAUUGAAUUGGUCAAGUCAUUACAGAACACGAAGUAUUCUGUUGACGAGAAGUUGGAACAGAGUUUCAUAUCGUUAUUUGGGAAGAGACCUGAGUCGUCGUCUCAAGCUCAAACUCGUUCAGUUGCUGCUGCUCAUGAAGAGGCUGAGCGGGGUGAACCUUUGGAGCCCAUAGAGCAGUAUCAAUAUGAGAUGAAAGAUGACGAUGAUGAAUCAAAUGAAGACAGUUCUGAUGAGGAAGAUUUCCAUUCAGCAGAACAAACUCGGAAGGACCAAAACAACUAUAAGGAACAGAUUGAUAUCCAUGAAGGAAGGGUGAGGAGGAAAACUGUUUUCGAAAACGAAAUAGAUGUUGAUAAUUCUGAGGGUUCAGAUGAAGAUCAAGGCAGUGAUUCAGAUGAAGAUCAGGGCAGUGAUUCAGAUGAAGAUGAAGAGGAUAAUGAAGAUGGGAGGAUGGGAAAUAUUUCCAAAUGGAAGGAAUCCUUGAAUGAAAUAACUGCCUCGAGACAGAACAUGAACCUUAUGCAACUUGUGUAUGGGAAACCUGAAUCAAAGUCUUCUAACCAGGUUGAAGACACUGGUGAAGAGGAAAGCGAGGAUGAUGAGUUCUUUAAGCCUAAAGGGGAAGGAAACAAGAAAUCAAAGGAAGAUAUAAACAGCUAUGACGUUGACACAGAUGACUGCUCGAAAUUUACAAGCACCGCGAGUCUGAGGGAUUGGAGGAAUGAAAAUUUAAUUGCAAGCAUACGUGAUCGCUUUGUCACUGGAGAUUGGUCAAAGGCAUCCUUGAGAAAUUGCCUCUCUGAAGGUACCCCUGGUGACAUUGAUGAUGGCGAUGAUGAUGCAGUCUUCGGUGAAUUCGAAGACUUGGAAACGGGUCAGAAGUAUGAAAGCCAGCAUGAUGAUGCUAGCAAGGCGGAUGAUUUGGCUGCUGAGGAGAGACGACUGAAAAAACUUGCUCUUCGUGCCAAAUUUGAUGCUCAAUAUCCUUUCUCUUACAAGUUCCCUGAUGAAGGUGAAGGUGGUGAUAAUGAUGCCAAGACUACUGGUGGUCAGAGCAGUGGAGGUGGAUUCGUUGAUAAAUUGAAGGAGGAAAUUGAACUUCGGAAACAAGUAAACAUUGCGGAACUUAAUGAACUCGAUGAAGCUACUCGUAUUGAAAUAGAAGGUUACAGAACUGGGACGUAUCUUAGAAUUGAAGUUCGUGAUGUGCCCUAUGAAAUGGUUGAAAAUUUUGACCCUUGUCAUCCAAUUCUGCUUGGUGGACUUGCUUUGGGAGAGGAAAAUGUUGGAUAUAUGCAGGCACGAUUGAAGCGCCAUAGAUGGCACAAGAAAGUAUUGAAGACUAGAGACCCUAUAAUCGUGUCUGUUGGAUGGAGACGUUAUCAGACUGUACCAAUAUAUGCCAUUGAGGAUCGCAAUGGCCGACAUCGUAUGCUAAAAUACACACCUGAGCAUAUGCAUUGUCUUGCUAUGUUUUGGGGUCCACUUGCUCCCCCUCAUACUGGGGUGGUCGCUGUUCAGAAUCUAUCAAAUAAUCAGGCUUCAUUUAGGAUUACAGCUACCGCUACAAUCCUGGAGUUCAACCAUGCUGCAAAAAUAAUGAAGAAGAUUAAACUAGUUGGACAUGCCUGUAAAAUCUUCAAGAAGACUGCUUUUAUUGAAGACAUGUUCACUUCAGAUCUUGAAGUAGCCAGGUUCGAAGGCGCAGCCAUACGAACAGUUAGUGGAAUACGUGGGCAAGUGAAGAAGGCUGCAAAGGAAGAGAUUGCUAACAAGUUUAAGAAGAAAGGCGGACAUGCUAAAGAAGGCAUUGCUAGAUGCACCUUCGAGGAUAAAAUUAAAAUGGGAGACAUCGUUUUUUUACGAGCCUGGUCCCAGGUUGAAGUUCCUCAGUUUUACAAUCCUCUGACAACUGCCUUGCAGCCCCGUGAUAAGACUUGGCAGGGAAUGAAAACAGUUGCCGAACUAAGGAAGGAACAAAACCUUCCAGUGCCAGUCAACAAGGAUUCUCUUUACAGACCUAUUGAAAGGAAGCCGAGGAAGUUCAAUCCUAUAGUUAUCCCGAAGUCUCUGCAGGAGGCUCUGCCAUUUGCAUCGAAACCCAAGGACAUACCUUCUAGAAAACGGCCGUCGCUUGAAAGUAAGAGAGCUGUGGUCAUGGAGCCACAUGACCGGAAAGUGCAUGCUAUGGUUCAACAUCUUCAACUUAUUAGAAAUGAAAAGAUGAAAAAGCGAAAACUCAAGGAAGCUGCAAAGAGGAAGGCACAAGAAGCGGAACGUGCAAAGGAGGAGCAAAUUUUGAAAAAGCGGCAGAGAGAUGAAAGGCGGGGAAGAUACAUUCAAGAGGAAAAACUGAAGAAGAAAAUGCGUCGAAAUUAACUGCAGAGUGGACAGCUUGUUGUGCCUCAGGCUCCAUGUGAUAUUUGCUUGGGAUAAUAUCAUAAUUGUAAGUCUCCUGCAUCAUAUGCCAUUGAGUGGAUUUAAUGCCACCAAGGGAAGAACACGCCUCAAAAAAAACUUAACACUUUUUCCUCAUGAGUGAAAUACUUACGGAUAAUGAGAUGCAUACAGUAAGUUUGUAGUUGUGGUAUCUUGGAAAAGUAGUUCUUUCUUUGUUCCUCAGAAAUCUACACACUAUAAAUUUUGAUUUUAUUAUUUUUUUAUUUUGGGGAAAGUGUGUCUAUCUGGUUUCAGUUACAUUUGGGUUUUUAUUAGUUUAUAUGUUCUGUCAAGGUCAGUAAGAAAGCAAGGGAAAUAAACAUUUCAUACGUUGUAUCAGUAAAGAAUGCUAGUAUGGUACGCAACACGACCGGAUGAAAGCUACAGUUACUAUGAAUACAUUUGUAUUAGAUGUAAAAGGGGGUUGAAAAAAAUGCAACUCAUGUAAUAAAGAUUCUCGCAACAAAUAAACUGAAUAUUUGACCGAGUAAAAAUAAUGUUGGCUGA